AUGAUAGAGAGUACAUAUCUUCUAUACAAGAAACACAUCAUUGAGUCGCCGCUUCUUUCUGAAGGCUUGAAGCUAAAAUCGGAAGCAAUUUACCACCUAACGUUGUUGUACAUUGAGAAAUCUUUGUUGAGCUGCGGACUGAGUCUUAAGCAAAUACCCAAUAUGUCAUUACCUGAUCACAAAUAUAUUCAAGAUUCUUGCAAUAUGUUAAUUCAAUAUGAGCUUAAUUAUGAUCCGUCCAGUGGUGUCUUUUUCCUCUAUGGUUAUGGAGGAACAGGAAAAACAUUUGUUUGGAAGACAUUGUCUGCUGCUAUUAGAUCUAAAGGUGAAGUAGCUAUUAAUGUUGCUUCAAUCGGAAUUGCAGCACUCUUGAUUUCUGGUGGUAGGAUAGCGCAUUCUAGAUUUCAUAUACCAAUUAACUUGAAUGAGAAUUCAUUUUUGUUCUAUUACGCCAGGACACUUAGAGAUAUUAUCCUUCCUAAGAACAGUGAUAAACCAUUUGGAUGCAAGACCAUUGUAUUUGGAGGUGUCUUUCGACAAAUUCUUCCAGUAAUACAAAGAGGAAAUCAUUUAGAUAUUGUGCAGGCAUCAUUGCAUUCAUCAAGAUUAUGGCAUGAAUGUACAAUUUUAAGUUUGACUGUAGGUGGUCCUAAUGAUGGUGAAGUUGAAGUUGAAUUUCCAGAAGAUGUGAUCAUUCCCUCUACGGCUGACCAUAUUCAUUCAAUUGUAUCCUGCAUUUAUUCAUCUUUUCAGAACCAUCUUGAUGAUCCAUCGUAUUUUGAAGAUAAAGCUAUUUUGGUCCCUCCUAAUGAAGAAGUUGAUGUUAUCAACGACUACAUAUUAGAAUUGAUGAAAAAUGAAGGGAAAACAUAUCUGAGUUCAGAUUCCUUAUGUGAGACCGAGACAGAAGAUUCUUUUGAGGAAUCAGUAUACUUUCUAGAUGCGUUGAACGCUUUUAAGGCCUCCGAAAUUCCCAACCAUAAACUUAUACUAAAAAAAGGUGUUUUGGUCAUGUUGCUUUGUAAUAUCGACCAAACCAGAGGACUAUGCAAUGGUACUAGAUUGCAAAUUGUAAGGCUUGGAAGACACGUCAUUGAAGCACGAAUCAUAUCUGGUAGAUUUUUCAAUGAGACUACUUAUAUACCUCGCAUGAAGUUGACCCCAUCCCAUAAAAAAAUUCCAUUCCGUUUUCAACGUAGACCUGUCUUCACCCAUGAUCACUUAUAUGUAGUUGUUUCUCGUGUAACAAACAAAAAAGUUUUGAAGGGGAUUGUUACAGGUGACAGGAAGAAACCAACAUACGAGAAUGCCACUAAUUAUGCAGCCUUAUUGGAUUCAUGGGAGACUGAUAACUCCUAG